AUGCCAAAAUCCACUUGUUGCUUGCUUCUGGUGACAUCCCAGCUGUGGCUGACAUGGCGCACAUUAGCUCACAUGCCAGUUUGUUUGGUUGCCAAAUCUGUGAAACAAAGGGAAAAGUCUCAGACAACAUACAGCACAGAAUGUACUUUGAAGAUAGUUCCACUCCUUUGCAACCUUUGGAAGAAUUCAAAACCGGCAAUCCUUGAGCUGUCAGCCUUCUUCAGAUCUUUCUUCUUCGCACUAGAUGAACUUCAUUUAGUUGCAAGAGGAAUCAGAAAGCACAUUUACGACUUGAUCACUGUGUCCCUUACUAAGGAGACAAAAUUUUCUUAUACCCAUCUGGAUGAUACCCUCACUAGCACAGAAUACCCAUUUUUUGUACCAAGAACUAGUCUUGUGACAAUUGACAUCUGUAUCACAAGUUCAAGACCAUAUAUGCCAGUAUUAUUCCAAGGCAGUUUUGAUAAUGUCUUCUCCAAGAUUGACGACACUCGUGCAGUAGAUUGGCUUGACUUUCUUCUGUACAUUGCUCUCCUUUUUGUUGUCCCAUUCUUACCAAACAGGGCUGUCAAAACUGCGGUGUUGUCACUUGUCAAAGGUUGUGCACUGGCAUUGCAAUGGACACUGACUUUGGAGUUGCUGGAUAAGAUGGAUGUACAUUUUAAACACUGGCACCACUAUCUAUUGCAACAAGUCCAGAACAAGACUAUAUCUCUUAGUGUCUUCAGACCAGUACAGCACUAUCUUGUGCAUAUACUAUUCAUUGUCAAGCAACUAAGUCUACUUCGAUACUACUCUACUUGGUCAAUGGAGAGAGUAAUUGGUGUCUUUUUCAAGCUAAUCAAGUCAAAGUGUAAGGGCAGCCGUAAUGCUAGUUUUCUUGUGGAGCGAUUUGCAUUGCAUAACUAUAUCAACACUGCCAUCCGUAUCCAGAACGAAAUUGAUCUUAUUCAGCUCAAACCAUAUGGUAGAGAAAGUUAUAUGGAUCUUCCUAAUGAUCCUAGUGGUGCGCAGCUGUAG